UCAUAUUCUUUUCGAUAGUGUGUCAGUAUCAGAUCUGAGGAUCUGAUGCCAUAAUGAAGUUCACAGCAAAUCAGUCAGCAACACCCACUUCCGAAUUUACCGGCUCAAGAACAAGUCGACAGUCUGCAGCUAUGGGCUGGACCUGCGUGCAGUGCACGUUCCUGAACGCCAACGACUCGGCCGCCAACUGUGGGGCCUGCAAUGCCAUCCGUGUGCUUCAAUGCCCCACGUGCAAGGGCGAGAUCAAAUAUGGCAAGCGUCUUCAUGUGAACGGCAAAACCUACCAUCCGGACUGUUUCUGCUGCACGGGAUGCAAACGUCCGCUGCCCAGUCGCUUCCAAGUUGUCAAUGGUGGCAACUACCAUCCGGAAUGCGCUCCGAAGUCCAAGCCAAUCACGAAAACCACCACCACGACUAGAAUGGGAGGUGGCAAGCCAGUGCAGAACGGCAAGUACAACAGUCCUGUGCAGAAGGAGAACUGCAGUAAGAACGCGAACGUCAAGUCGAACGGCAAUGCCAAGUCCAAUGGGAACGGAGGAGGCUGGAACUGCCCCAGCUGCACGUAUUUCAACACGAACGAUGCCGCGCCUACCUGUGCAGCUUGUGAUGCAAUCCGCAUCAUGAAGUGUCCUGGAUGCAAGGGUGAAAUCAAAUUUGGACAACGCGUCAAUGUGGAUGGCAAGGCCUACCACCCAGACUGUUUCCGUUGCGCUGCAUGCAAUGGGAAGUUCACAACGAGCAAGUUCCAAGUCAAGGACGGAGAGUACUACCACCACGAGUGCUACAAACAGCUCUACCACCCGCGCUGCGACGUGUGCGAAGGAUUCAUUCCGUACCAACCAGGCACACAGAAGAUUUCGUACAAGGUCAUGCCUUUCGGGGAUCUCAAGUACUGCGCCGAGCAUGAACACCGUGAUCGCUGCUGCAGUUGCCAGCGUGUGGAGCCGACUGUUCCUGGACGGGAGUUCCACAAACUCAGUGACGGGCGCAAGGUUUGCCACGAUUGCUGCAACUAUUUGGUGCUUGAUUCCCUCGAGGCUCAGGGCGUGGUGAAAGAGGUGUGGACAUACAUGCGAGAUAUCGGCAUUCAUCUACCCGAGAUCCCAGUGUACCUGGUGGAGUCUCCGGUUCUGAACGAACAGUGCAACGCCCACAAGAAGACCAAAACCCUGAUGAAAGGAAACAAGCCCGUGGAAGGCCAUGUGACUCGUGGUCUUUGUUUGUCCGAGGUCUCCCAGAUCCAGCAUAUGGUCCGCUCUGGCAAGCACGCAGUUCCUCGAGUGGCCUCCAUCGAAAAGAAACGCUCAGUGAACGCGAUCCUGAUUCUGCAUGGACUACCGUACGACCUUACGGCUUCCGUUCUGGCACACGAAGCCACCCACGCUUACAUCAAACUCAGCGACAACUUCCCUGACCAUAUCCCUCCCAAGGUCGAAGAAGGCAUUUGUCAACUGAUGAGCUACUUGUUCUUGAAGUACAAGCACAUGAUGGAACGCAAAAACUCCAAGAAGCGCACGUACCAGGGUCGACUGCGAAAGUUUUACAUGCACCAACUCAAGAACGACAUAUCGCCGGUCUAUGGCGACGGUUUCCGUGAAGCGUACGAGGCCUACAAGCGAGUGAACUCACUGCAACGCAUGUUCGACGCGAUCCGACACCACGCGUCAUUUCCGUAAUGUAUAUAUUGGCAGAGAACCUCGACAUUCUGUAGGACAUUGUAUCGACUGAUAAAAUCCUUCUCGAAGAUAGCUGUAAGUCUCAUCGGUGGCAGAGCUCACUAUACAUAUUUUCCAAUGUUAUGACCCACAAACUGUUCAUUAUAGUUGUACUGAAAGUACAUGGCGGCUUUCAUUUCGUGGUUAUGAUGAAUCUAGCAGGGACUGUCAUUUUUCUGGUAGUAUUAAUGCGUAGUAUUUGUUUUUUUUUGGUAAUAAUAAGAGG